UCCAUUUAAGGCCCUCCUUUCUCUAUAUAUAAAUCUGCUUCCAAUACAAACUUUCUCAUUCAUUCAAACACAUUCAAUUUUCUUAUAACACAUUUUGCUAGUUAAUUUCCAAGCUAGCUCUUUGUAAUAGUGCACUAGAGAUUUAAAAAAUAUGGGUUCCAGUGGAAAGCUUGAAGUGGAAAUAGAGGUAAAGGCUUCUGCUGAUAAGUUCUGGGAAUGCAUUAGAGACUCAACCAAUCUCUUCCCAAAGGCUCUUUCUCAUGAUUACAAAAGCAUUGAUGUCCUUGAAGGUGAUGGCAAAGCUCCUGGUUCUAUCCGCCUCAUAACUUAUGCAGAAGGUUCUCCACUUGUUAAAGUGGAUAAAGAGAGAAUAGAUGCUGUAGAUGAAGCAAACAAGGCAGUUUCUUACAGUGUGAUAGAAGGAGAUCUGGUGAAGUACUACAAGAAUUUCAAGGCAUUCCUGGCUGUGACUCCAAAAGGAGAAGGAAGCUUGGUGAAAUGGGCUUGUGAGUUUGAGAAGGCAAGCGAAGAUGUUCCAAAUCCAGACCUUGUCAAGGAUUUUGCUAUUAAGAACUUCCUUGAGGUUGAUUCCUACAUUAAUACUGGCAAGGCCUUUUAGACAAUAUUCCAAAUAACAAGGGUAUCAUUAAAUCCUUGUUCUAUAUUAUAUAAUAUUAUCUGUUCCUCUAGUAAAUAAUUUAAAAGUCCCAUAUGUGCAUAUCUGACUUCAUCUUUGUGAAGGGAGUCAGCCAGAUGCAUAUUGGUCUUUUUAUUAUACUAAUAUUAUAUUACAUAUGAGUUUCUGAA